AUGAAAACCAGCAGACCCUGUAGCUCUCCAGGACCAGGGUUGGAAACCACUGCUACAAUGUGAACAGGUGUCACAUAGUAGCCUUUGCAAAAGCAUAGGCUAUAAUCCCAUAACGCAACCAAUUGCAAGGUGGACGGAAAUUUUGAAUCGGGAGCUGUGAACCGAGAGCCAAAUUCAGCGACGUCAUCUUCUGUCCCAACGCCCAAAAAUAUCCGCAACCAUAACCAAGUGUACAGGCCAGACAGAGAGUAUGGUCUCUUAUCACGAGACGGGAGAAACGCUUUCUGCUCCUGUUACGUCUUGGCAUCCUCUCUCCAGUUUUGCUGAAACUAAGUGCGAUCUAAAUUGGACGGAGAAAAAACAGCUUCCGCCGUUUUUGACACUGAAGCCCUACUCUUGCACUUACACUGCUUUACCAUAAUAUGGCUUAUAAAAUUGUGCAAUGUUGUUGUUUUUUUUUCAUUGUGAUAUUAUAGUUCUUUGGUUGAUUAUACAGUAAGGGCAACAUCAAACUCUUUUUCAAGUGGAAUUUAUUGGAUCCAUGGAAAGGCUUGAAACGAUUACAACAGCAGACCUUCCAUCAGCAGUUGGGCAUCGUUUCAGAACAUGGGAAUGCACAUAUUCAAGAAAAAAAUUGAUAUUCAUAUCUCUGUGUGCCCUACGCCUUCUCUUCAUGCUAUCAAUAUGGGAGCAAUUUAAAACCCCCCACAAAGACAUGACCGUAGAUGAAGUAAUAUUCUCAUUAUCAUGGCCUCCGUCAACUUCCAGCUUCACCUCUUUCAACAACUCUUCCAGUGCUCAGCACAGUGAGGUCAGGCUAGAGCUGCCUAGGGCCCAGUACUGUGUGGGGGACACGCUGAACGUGCUGGUGGAGAUGAGGAACUAUGCAGGGUGUCCAAAAGCCUAUGGAGGAGACUUCAUCCUGGCCCGGAUCCACUCUCCAGAGCUCCAGGCAUGUGCAUCAGGAGAGGUCACUGACCUCCUCAGCGGCUCCUACCGCGUGCGUUUCCGCUUGUUUUGGCCCGGAGAGGUGCACGUCUCUGUGCGUCUGAUCCACUCCUCUGAGGCAGUUAGGGUCCUCCAGAGAGACUGGAUGCAGGACUACGGUAGGGCCCUGCACAAGGGAACCUUCAUCAGUGGGGAAAAGAGGGAGACGUCUCAGUGCGCCCUCCGGCUGAGCUCAGACAGGCCCCUGUGUGAGUACAGGAAGGAGGAGGAGGGAGAAUAUUACGCCUGCUACAAGCCCCAGACCCUUCCCUGUGACUCUCUGACCAUCAUGAAGUCCUACAUGCCCCCAGGUCCUCAUCGCACAAAGGAGGAAGCUCAGCUAUUAGCCCAGGAAAACACAGGAAUCGAAAUAAGAAACAGAUUCAAUCCUGUGACAGUCUUUGGUUGUUCUGAUGCAGCCCCCAGACCAACUGAAAAGUGUGUGGCAGGAAUUAAUUCCCCUUUUCCUGGGGGAUAUUUCUAUUCAAACAGGUGGUCUUCUUCAUUUUGUCAGACAGGCCCCUUCCUCACUGAAGAGGCCAUUACCAGGUGCUUAAAGGGAAAGGCUCUCUACCUAUUGGGUGACUCCACUAUGCGUCAGUGGAUAGAGCAUUUGGAAGGAAAGCUGAAAGGCCUGAGAUUCAUAAAAAAAGUGGAGGAUACAUCACAGUUGGCUGUUGAUGCCCAUAACAACAUCACUGUCCUGUGGGUAAGGCAUUCUCAUCCCUGGAUUGGCUAUCGUGAAGUCAACAUAAAGACAUCAGUCCCCAUCCCAGAAGUACUGGAUAGCAUAGCAGUUGGUGGUGCACAGGAGGAUGCGAUAGUGGUCAUUGGGAUUGGCCAGCAUUUCCGGCCCUACCCCCCCGAGGUCUUUAUCCGAAGGCUACGAAAUACCCGCCGGGCGAUCCUGAGGCUACGAGCCCGCAACCCCCAGGCAAAAGUCAUUGUAAAGCUGGAGAACAGCAGGGAGUCAAAGCUGACACAGUUCAGUAACUGGUAUGGCUACAUGCAGAACCGGGCUCAGAGGAGGGUGUUCGAGGACAUGAAUGUGGCUCUGGUGGAUGCCUGGGACAUGACUGUGGCCGCCAACACCUUUGCCGUCCACCCUAAAGGACUCAUUGUCUCUAAUGAGGUGGCUGUGGCCCUGUCGUUCUUCUGUCAUUAGGCGCAGUGUGCUCCCUGAAAGGUUACUCUGUAAAUGUGUGUAUUUGGGUACUUUUUUAAUGAAUUGCAUUUGGAGAUAUGCUUAUAGUGUUGGAUAUCUAGUCUUUACAUUAUUCUCUUUGAGGGACAGACAGUUUUAGUGACAGACAAAGAUAGUUUGAUCUGGCAGACUUGCUCAUAGUUCACGCAGUGUUAUUUGAGAUCGAAUAGGAUCACAAAUUCCUGUUUGACUAUAGGAAUGCUCUCUCUAUCUGCUCCCGCCCUCAAAACCAUCAAAGGACAUCAUGCUGAAGGUCUUGUAAAGGUAUGCAAACCUGUGGUGUCUUGGGGUUUUCGCUUCUUUGAACGCUUUAUUACUUCACUACCUGGAGACACAGCACACUAGAAUUACUGGUGAUCAGACACCCAACAUAGCUACAGGACACACAAACUCCAUGUUCCUGGUGUUGAAAUAUAGUUGAAUUAUUUUGUCAUAAGUCAUUCUGAUCCUGUUGAAUUUCUAUUACAACUCCUCCUACAGCUCCAUUCAAAGGUCUUGGUGUUAGCGAAUUCUGACCAGAACAGCUCCUUGAAGAGAAAAGGUUAUAAAAAUAAAUGUAAUUAUUUUAGUAUGAUUGCCUACAUGGGCAUAGACUAGAAAUCUGAUAUUGCAUGCCUUAAUGAAGAAAUAUAGAUUUCAGUAUUUGCUAUCAUGUGAAUUGAACCAUAUUUACAUGUAGUUUUGCCUGAGAAAUAUUGUGUACUCUUACCAAAGGAAAGUGUGUGUUGAGUAUUGCGAUUAUACAAUAAAUCCAUAGACUGUACACAUAAAUUACUAAUAAUAAUUCAUUUAAAUAUCAAAAUAUAUUAUCAAGUGGUCAUAUAAUCAAUUUGGAGAGAAUAGGGGGCAGAGCACAUACCAUACAGUUAAUUAGUAACUACACAAAUAUUAUCAGUUUCCUUGUGAAACUGAGCAAAUUAAUAAUAAAUGAAACUAAAGCCAUCUACCAAACAGAAACAUGCUUAAAGUAUCAAUUUUAAACAGCACAAAAACCAA